AGGUGUCGUGGCUCCUCCUACGCAGAGGAUAUUUCAUAACGGUGGUGCCCAAAGGUUACAGAUCAGAAAUUGUGAGUAAAUGGGAUAGCAGCAUCCCAAAAUAUUCCUGUGCUGAGAUUGUGACAAUGGACAGAAUACAAGGACACUAUGCCAGUCCUGUGCCACCAGGAGAUGCAGAGAGGAGCAGGACUGGAGAACAAGACCCAGGACUAACUGUGUUGGGAAAAGCACAUGAGUUCUUUCGGAUCUGUGAUCUGGAAGGCAAAGGCUUCAUCACUCGUCAAGACAUGCAGAGACUGCAUCCUGAAUUACCUCUUAGCCUGGAAGAGCUUGAAAAAGUUUUUGUUACAUUGGAUGCUGAUGGCAAUGGCUCACUUACCCCAAAGGAGUUCACCACAGGAUUCAGCCAGUUUCUUUUGGGGCAGAUUGCUUUGAAUAAUGAGAUGAUGCAGCAAUCGGAAGGUGAAACAGCCUGCCCACUUAAAUGUGAAGACACCGUGAGUGAUGAUGAGGAUGAAGAGUUCCAGUUCUCAAAUCUGAUGGAUCGGCUUGGAGCUAAAAAGGUUUUGGAUGAUGAGAGUGAUGUGAAGCAACUUUGGUUGCAGCUGAGAAAGGACGAACCUCAUUUACUUUCCAAUUUUGAAGAGUUCCUGGUCAGAAUUUUUUCCCAGCUCCAAGAAGCAGAUAAUGAAAAGAAUGAGUUGGAAUGCGCUCUAAAAAAGAAAAUUGCCUCUUAUGAUGAAGAAAUUCAACAUCUCUAUGAGGAAAUGGAACAGCAAAUCAAAAAGGAGAAAGAGCAGUUUCUCUUGAAAGACACAGAGAGGUUUCAGUCCUACAGUCAAGAGCUGGAGUGCAAGCUCCUGUCAAAAGAACAAGAACUGGAACAAUUGGUUCAAAAACAGAAAAGGUUAGAGCAGCAAUGUACAGAACUUCUCAGUGGCAAAGAAGAAACCAAAGUAGAGAACACCAAGCUGAAGCUCACUAACCAGGAGCUGCUGAGAGACCUGGAGAGAACGUCUCAUGAACUAAGUCUGGCUCAAGAACAGUUACAGGUGCUUCAGGAGGAGGCGUCAAGACUACAUGAGGAGAAGGAAAUGGAGGUGUACCGAGUGACAGAAACCUUACAGAGAGAGAAGUCAGGACUUCUGAAGCAGCUCGAUUUUUUAAGGGAGAGGAACAAACAUCUCAAAGAUGAACGUGACAUAUUUUUACAGAAAUGCAAAACAAGUGUUCCAAAAGCCAGCUGGAAGCAAAGAUCAGGGUCUGUGAUUGGGAAAUACAUAGAGGGCAAGAACAGCCAUUCAUUUGAAGAAGAUGAUGUUUUCAAUAACUCAAAGAGAAGGAAUUCUGCUGGACUGAAUGGGAUUCUCUCUGUAGAGCCUGAUGCUGGAGCCACUGGAGGAAUGUCUAAAGCAUUGCGUCUCCAAAGAAUAAUAUCAAUUGAGGAAGAUCACCUACCCCAGCUUCUUGACAAGCUGGUUGAUAAGCAGCUGAACAGAUGGACUGGAGAACAUGAGAAUACUUCUUCUGAGAUGGAAAUGGAUAAGAAAACCACAGAACAAUCAAUGGAAUACUCACCAUCAUCUACUAGAGAGCAGCCUGUAGGGAAGGAAACACUGUCAAAUGAGGAGAGAAUAAACUCUGUCCCAGACCACUUAUUCAAGAUUAUUUUUGUGGGCAAUUCGAGUGUUGGAAAGACUUCAUUCUUAAGGCGAUUUUGUGAAGAUCGUUUUUUCCCAGGCACAGCUGCUACUAUAGGUGUGGAUUACAAUGUGAAAACCAUCACAGUAGAUAAUAGCCAGGUAGCCCUGCAACUCUGGGACACUGCUGGCCAGGAACGGUACCGAAGUAUUACCAAGCAGUUUUUCAGAAAAGCUGAUGGUGUCAUUGUGAUGUAUGAUAUAACAGCAAAAGACACAUUCACAGCUGUCAAGCAGUGGCUGAUAAGCAUCGAGGAGACAACUGGGGAGAAUGUACCUGUGCUUUUGUUGGGUAAUAAAACUGAUAAUGAAAAGGAACGUGAGGUCCCUAUGGGAAUGGGAGAGCAUCUGGCUAAGGAUUACAAUUUAAUUUUCUAUGAAUGCAGUGCAUAUUCUGGGUACAAUACCAAAAAGUCUGUGCUUCACUUAGCUAGGAUUUUAAAGGAACACGAAGAUAAAGUGAAAGAGAAAACGAUUGAACUUCAAUCUGAUAUGAAUAAAAAGUCUUGCUGUAUCAGUCCAUAA